GAUUUCCUUCCGCUUCUCUCCAUUCUUCGGAAAAUUUUGUUUUCUUUUAUUUUCUCCUCUUUUCUCUUGUUAAACUUCGGAACGAGAGGGCAUCCGACGAUGGCAGCUUCCGCCAUGGAUGGCGUUGCAGCGACGGCUCUUAGGUCGGUCCUUCAUCGCGUCAAACAAGCCGCUGAAAGAUCCUCGCGUGUUCCUGAUCGGAUUAAAGUCGUCGCCGUUAGUAAAACUAAACCCGUUUCACUACUCCAGGAAGUCUAUGACGCCGGACACCGUUAUUUUGGUGAAAACUACGUCCAGGAAAUUGUCGAAAAAGCACCUCAGCUCCCUGAAGACAUUGAGUGGCACUUUAUUGGGAAUUUACAGAGCAACAAAGUGAAACCUCUCUUGACUGGGGUACCAAAUCUGUUCAUGGUGGAGACUGUAGAUGAUGAAAAGAUUGCAAAUAAUCUUGAUCGAGUUAUUGGGAACAUUGGAAGGAAACCUUUGAAGGUGUUAGUCCAGGUUAAUACAAGUGGAGAAAUAUCAAAAUUUGGAGUUGACCCAGAUGGGUGCUUGGAGCUUGUGAAACAUGUUACUUCAAAGUGCACAAACCUUGAGUUUUGUGGGUUAAUGACCAUUGGAAUGCCAGAUUACACUUCAACUCCAGAGAACUUCAAGACAUUAGCAAACUGCAGAAGUGAGGUAUGCAAUGCCCUUGGAAUACCUGAAGAACAAUGUGAAUUAUCAAUGGGCAUGUCAAGCGACUUUGAGCUAGCUAUUGAAAUGGGAAGUACAAAUGUGAGAAUUGGAUCGACCAUUUUUGGAGCAAGGGAGUACCCAAAAAAGCAAUGAGUGAAAUCAUUUCGUGUUUAAAUAAACCAUUGAUUCAACCUUCAAAGAGUUAUUUAUAUGGACUUGAAACCACAAAAUUGUUGUGUUAUUUAAAGCAAUUGGGUUUUGAUUGUAUUGAUAUCAAAUGGGUAAAGUUGGAACUGUAGUCAAACAUGAAAUGGGUUAAAAUGGGUCAAGCAAGUUGAAGGUCAUUUAAAUCGUAUUGUGAUGUGUGCA